AAAGAGGGGAGAGAGAGCUCCGCUCGUUCUCUCGGUUCAUGGAGGAGAAGUGGCGGACCGCGUCGUGGAGAGAGGAGCAAACUAAACGGGUAGGAGAGGGGAGGGUGCACGGGCCGCGGGAAGGAGCUUCGCCUCCCUGCCGUCCGCCCGCAGUGUGCGCUACGCGAUAUCACUGGCCGGUCAUGUGUGUGUCAUUCUCACGUUUACACUGGUACCGUUCGAAAUCCUUCGUUACCGCGCUGGCGGUGUUGAUAUUGCUGCCGUAAUCGUCAACCACUGUGUAGUGCGUCAUGUCCGGUGUUAAGCCGGGUGUGCACCCCGGAAGUUGAAAGUGUGUCCGGUCAGUUGAUCAUUGCGCGCGGACGUCAACAGUGCUGGCGGACAGAGAAGAGGGACGUCGUGAUCGCUACCUCUCUUUCUCUCUGCCUGGGCCGAUCGUCGAGAUAUAUAUCGAUAGGUAAGAAAAAAUAGCGCGCGUGCACAAGCGAAGUCGCGAACUCUCUCGUCGUAAAAACGCGCGCGCCGGGAGAGCGAAGAGAAAACACCGUGAAGUAAGGCGCGCAAACGGCGAUCACACUGGACAGUGAGAGGGCGGGAGAAACACAUUUGAAGUCGCGCGACGAGUGUGGCGCGGCCGUUUUUCGCGGAGAGAAGUCUCUCUCGUGCGCGUCCGGACGCAAGGAGUGGCUGUGUAUUGUGUUGCGUGAAGGAAGAGAGAGGAGAGAGAGAGGAUACGAGUGACCGGCCGUCGCCUCAUGGCCCUGUUAUUGGAUAGCCCUUCGUGAUCGCGGCAGGAAGAGAUCGGCCGCGGAGUGAUGCUUUGUGCCAUCGAGAAAUAGUGAUCAUUUGCGAAAGAGUCCGCCGCCGCCGCCGCGUCCCCUCCCUCGUGCGCGGUGUAUUGCGUGUGCUAGUUGUUGUUUUUCUUUUCUUUUCGGGGGCGAGGCACGCUCCUCGGAGGAUAGAAGGAAAAACCGGGUCGGUGACAGCAAGGGGCCCGGGGGCGGGAGAGUGAAGUGAACUAGAGAGAGAGAGAGAGAGAGAGAAGACGGAAGAGAAGCAGAGACAGUGGCAAAGGGCGACAGGGGGCGUCCAUUUGAGGGGUACGAGGGAGGAAGGGGACGUAAGAGGGAAAGGGUGACUGGCAAACCCGGCUGUGGCGAUCCGAAGUCGCGGAUUCGGCACGCCGCGGUUUACCGAUCGUAAUAUGGCGUACAAGUUUCGCGAGGAGAUCGUGGGAAAGAGGUUUCUCUCUGUGAGUGGUUUCACCAAGCUGAAGGUGAAUAAGAUUAGUGAGUGGGGUUGGCGUGCGGGGGUGAUACGUGCUGCCAGUCACAGGGAUAACGGCUGUCAUGAUCUCCAGAUCCUCGUAGAAUACGACGACGUGGAAUGGCAAAGGAGGGAGUGGCUGUCGCCUCAUAGGGAUGCCGUGUUCUCAUUCUUUCUUAUCGAACGAGGUCUCUACUGGGCUGAACGACCUGACCCCAGACACGCCAGUCUCAUCCCCCUCGAUCAUAACAAUCACGCGAACAAUAACCACCAUCAGCACCGCAUUAACGGCAAACCGCUUAGGGGCGGAACGGCGGUCGCCGACACCGUUGCUUGGCCAGCACUUACUUUCUAUCCUCUCGUGGCACGCGCUGAGUUGCACGAAGACGUUAUGCCGAUCGAGUUUAUGCAAGAUCGCAAACUGGACUUUGUCGACUAUUCGAAGCUGAAGCCAUUCACUGACUGGGAGCUGACUAAGGGCACGAUGCCCUGGGGAAACGCCGUUAGGAGAUGGGCCGAGAUGCAGGAUGGUCAGAGGAUCCUGCUGACGACGCCCAGCGUCCUGGUCGGUUUCAGGGUCGAAGUUUAUCGGGCGGAAGGCACGACACAAUGGUACACAGCCGUGAUCGUUGGUUACAAUGAGUCCACCAAGGAUUUGACAGUCACCGACGAUACGGUCCUCGAAGAUCACAAUGAGGAUCCCACGUUAGUGCAAAUGCGGCUGAUCGGCGAUGGAGUCGUCGAGAGCAUCAUGAGGGGCGAGGUCGUCGGCAUGACACCGAGGAGGUCGAGGUCAUCGACUGCUCUGACGCACGCGCUCGUUGUGCCUCGACCUGGAAGAAGGCCACGAAGACGACCGGGAAACGCGGCACAAUUGCAGACAACUCCGAGGGUACAAAGUCCGAUAUCUCAGCAACUCGAAAAAGAGAAGAACAACGCCCGUAAUAAUCGACGGCGACGCGUGAGCGAAGGUGCAAGCCGCGAGAGAAACGAAAAAGAUUCACCAGAAGCGGCGCUAUCCACGCGGCAGCAAGAGGAUCGUGAAAACAAAGGUCCUCCGUCGAGUAGAGUCGGCAAUCGUGUAGCGCGACCAGUAUUAGAGGAAGCGAAUAGCGCGUCGGGAAGCGCCUCCAAGUUACGGAGACGCGGCGCCGCGGUAAAAAGUCCGACCACCGACCAGCAAGGUUCAGCACAGCAUCAAAGACCGGUGCGAAGAAGGCCGCCGAGGCCAGGAAACGACCAGGAAACCGCCAAGACAGACGCCGAAGAGGAGUCUGUCGAGCACCAUCAUCGCACCGGAAGCGGUGUAAGAAUCAACAAGGACGAACGUCUCGGUAACAGAUCGGAAGAAGAGGAGGAGGAAGAGGAAGAGCGUCUCGAGGGGGGAAAAUGAAGAGAAUCAGGAGCGCUGCGAUCCACUGACUAAGCGAUUGAGAACAAGCCCCGUCGGCAGAAAGCUCCGGUCCGAAAGUAAUAAGAGCAAAAACA